CACCCCCGUAACAAAGUUCCCGCCUUUACAGUCCUCCUCGCCGCCUAGGACGACGACGACGACCCAAACAACAGCGAUAACUGCAAAAGACUCUAUCGAGCUCACUACCAACCUCUUCGACGCCAGCGUCUCACCGCCAGUGCCACGCCCACUAUGAGCAUUUCCGUCGACGACCUCAUUUCCUCAUUCUCGUCCUCCCACAUCGGCCAGGAGGCCAUGGACCUCGCCCAACUCCAAGCUCAGCUUAGUGAAAGUCUGUUUGGAGCCAACAUGCCUUCCUCAUCGCGACGAGGACGCGACUAUCAGCCAUGUAACACCCCCACCGCGCGCACUCCGACGUCAUCAAGCUUCAACUGGGAAUCGCUAGACGCCAAGUUCGCAGGCCAGUCAAGAUCGCGGUCAUCCUCGAUCUCUGGUCGAAUGGAAGACAUGGAAGAUGAACUUAUGGUUGAGGAGCUCCUCAUGCCCACCCCUUCAUCGUCUUCUGUCUUUGAAAAUGGAAACCACAACACGUACUCGAGCUUCUCCAGCUCGGGAUCGUUUGUCCAACCCUCAUCAUCAUACUCCUCUUCCUCGUUCCACCAAUCCCAAUCAUCAUCAUCAAGCCGAACCUUCUCUGAAGGUCUCCCAUCAUCCCCCUCACAAUCCCUAUUCGCCUCGACAGACCCUUUCUUCCUCCAAGCACAAGCUAACGCCCAGUCGUACUUCUGCAACAACUCCAACAUCACGCAGCGUGGUAGGCCGAGCCAAAGCUCGCCGUUCGUUCAGGCAUCCGCAUUCCACAACCAUUCAUACCACCACAACCACUUUGCGGCAACCGCUGCUGCAUUCUAGAUGUUCAAUGGGAACAUUGAACCCCGCGAUCGCCUGCAACCCCAACUCUCAAUUCAUCGCUCUAACACUUUCCCAUGCCCCACAACCAAACACUUCUUGAGACAACUCAACGUAAUCUUACUCCAGCAACAAUACCUGUAUUUCAUAGACGACCGAUACGAACCACCUCCCAUUUGGCACGCUUUCUUUGCAUUGACUUUUCACUACUUGGCAACGCUUUUCUAUGUUUGAGCAUGAUGGACUUGCGUUUCGUUAGAACUAUUUCAAGUCUUUUUUUCAUUAGCUUAUUGGGUCCAUUCAGCUUUCCGGUGUAGUCCUUAAUUACUGUCCAGUUGGCAAUUGUACAUACUUGCGCCACCCUCCUCACUCGCGCUUCCUCGAAUGCGAUAUUACCCCGCUCGGAGAGACACGAACGUCGAAGUUCUUUU